AUGGGCAUCAGCAAGUCGGAUCCUAUCAUCAUCGUCGGCGCCGGCGCCUUUGGCCUGUCCACGGCCUAUCACCUCACCCUGGCUGGAUACACGGACAUUUCUGUCUACGACAAGCAUGAGCAAAUACCCCCGCGGGACUCUGCCGCCAAUGAUAUCAACAAGAUCCUGAGGGCCGAGUAUGAGGACCCGUUCUACACCGAUCUUACCCUCGAAGCUAUCAGGGCCUGGAAGACGCCACUUUUCGCGCCGCACUUCCACCAGGUCGGCUUCCUUCACUGCGUCUCGGGCGCCGCCCCUGACAGGGCCGUCGACACGCUCAGGAGGUUCCAGAAGUCUGCGGAAAGCAACCCGGUUCUGGCCAAGCAUGUCAUUCCCAUCACCGGAGGAAAGGACAUUGAGGAGAACGUAUGGCAGUUCAAGGCAGGCCCGUGCUCCGGAUGGAAGGGCUACCUCAACACGUAUGACGGUUACGUCCACUCGGGCAACGCCCUGAUUGCGUUGUACAAGGCGACGCAGGUACGCGGCGUCAAGUUCUUCUUGGGGCAGCACGGGGGCGUCAAGGAAGUCGUCUACCAGAACACCUCAUCGGGGAGGAGAGCAACGGGUAUCAGGACGCAGGAGGGACGACAUGUUCCUGCCAAGCUAGUCAUCGUCGCUGUGGGUGCCGCGGCAGCGAGGUUGGUUCCAGAAUGUGGCAAGCAGGUGGUCGCCAAGUCUUGGUCCGUCGCUCACGUCCACCUCACGGACGACGAGACUUCCGCUCUGCGUGGGAUCCCAGUCACGUACGCCCGAGACUUCGGGUUCUACUUCGAGCCGGACCCCAAGACCAACCUCCUGAAGCUGUGCCCGAUGGGAGGAGGAUACGUGAACACGGAUCCCAAGACAGGCGUCUCCCUCCCUCCGUCUCAUGCAGAGAGUGCCUUCAUGCCCUUGCAUGAUCAGGAGAAGGUGCGAAGACUGCUGAGGGAGACUCUUCCCGAGCUGGCGGACCGGCCCCUGGUGAAGCAGUCUCUGUGCUGGUUCGCCGACACCAACGACUCAGACUUCAUCAUCGACUACGUCCCCAAGUCUGACUCGUCUGUGGUAUUGAUGUCCGGUGACUCGGGUCACGCAGCCAAGCUGAUCCCUCUUAUCGGUGCUUGGGUGAAGAACCUGCUCGAGGCAGCGGACGGCAAGCAACCCGUUGAUAAGUGGCGUUGGAAGGAUGUCGGCGGCGAGGACGGGAAGUGGGGAGAUACUGUUAGCUGGCGUCUUGGAAACACCAUGGAGUUCGCCGAGCUCCAGAACCCCAAGGCCUCCAAGUUGUAG